ACUUAAUCUUUAUAACCAUAUAUUUGUUUCUUAAAUAAUGGCGUGGGUAAAGUUCUUGAGAAAACCUGGAGGGAAUCUUGGGAAAGGAUAUCAGCCUGGAAGUGUGAUGUCUUUGGCCCCUACUAAAGGCUUGUUGAAUGAGCCAGGACAAAAUAGUUGCUUUCUUAACAGUGCUGUUCAGGUUUUGUGGCAACUUGACAUAUUCCGACGAAGCUUGAGAGGUCUCACUGGACAUGUUUGUCAGGGAAAUGCCUGCAUAUUUUGUGCUUUAAAGGCAAUAUUUGCACAGUUCCAACACAGUCGAGAAAAAGCACUGCCAUCAAAUAAUAUGAGGCAUGCAUUGGCUGAAAGCUUUAAAGAUGAACAGCGUUUUCAGCUUGGGCUCAUGGAUGAUGCAGCAGAAUGUUUUGAAAAUAUACUUGAGAGGAUUCACUAUCACAUAGUGCCAAGCAGUGAAACAGAUAUGUGCACUUCUAAAUCCUGCAUUACUCAUCAGAAGUUUGCUAUGACACUAUAUGAACAGUGUGUGUGUCGCAGUUGUGGGGCAUCUUCGGAUCCUUUGCCUUUCACAGAACUUGUGCGUUAUAUUUCAACAACAGCCUUGUGCAAUGAAGUUGAUAGGAUGUUGGAAAGACAUGAGCGACUCAAGCCUGAAAUGUUUGCAGAAUUGCUUCAGGCUGCAAAUACUACUGAUGACUUCAGAAACUGUCCUAGUAACUGUGGCCAAAAAAUAAAAAUACGUCGUGUUCUAAUGAACUGCCCUGAAAUUGUCACAAUUGGUUUAGUCUGGGAUUCAGAACAUUCUGACCUGACAGAAGAUGUCAUCCGUAAUCUGGCAACACAGCUGUAUCUUCCAGGGUUGUUUUAUAGAGUUACUGAUGAACAUGCCAAAAAUAGCGAGCUUUUUCUUGUGGGGAUGAUUUGCUAUGCAAGCAAACAUUACUGUGCCUUUGCUUUUCAUACUAAGAGUUGCAAAUGGGUGCUGUUUGAUGACGCUAAUGUGAAAGAGGUUGGAACAAAAUGGAAAGAUGUGGUGUCCAAAUGUAUUCGGUGUCAUUUUCAACCAUUGCUGCUAUUUUAUGCAAACCCAGAUGGUACACCUGUAUCAACAGAAGAUGCACCCAGGCAGAUAAUUCACUGGUCACACUACAAAGCAGGAAAUGGAGAAGAACUUGGAUUUGAAAAAUCAGCUUUUCCUAUGUCAGAUGACAUAAAAGAGAAUGGGUUUGGAGAAUCUGUUACUCAGAAGAGCAAUAAAAGAUAUCAACCAGAAAACCCACCAUUCAGUAGGAACCAUAUUCAAUCAAGUACUGUCAGUAGACCAGGCAAGUUGGGGCAUAAUGAGCACAAGGAAAAAGCAAAGGACAUCUCCAGAGAGUGUGCUCAAAAGGUAGCUGAGAUGAAAAAUUUCUCUUGCUCCCUAAGAAAAGAUGCAGACAGAGGAUCAAAAAGAGAGGCUGGGAAACAGAGAGAGCUGUCUGGAGAAACCCGCAGUAAUUUUAAACCAGGAUCACCACCUUCUGGAAACGGAUUUAGGUCACACUCUAAUGAACGCAUAUAUAAUAGCCAGGGAAGGGGACCUUACAAACAUGACAAGAUGCACAACCAAAUAAAGUCUGGUAUUCAGGCACUGGGGUCAAAUAAAACCAAUGGCUUUCCUGAUGGGGAGAAGGUGAGCCGUGGGAAGGCUGACAGUACUGCUGGUUAUGACACAGAUAGUAGCCAAGACUCUAAGGACAAAGGAAGUGUCAAUAGCAGUAAAAGUCGAAGUAGGGGUUGGAAGCCCAUGCGGGAAACACUCAAUGUAGACAGUAUCUUUAAUGAUACUGAGAAAAAGGAGCAUAGUUCAAAGCCCAAACUAAAUGCAAGCAGCAAAUCUAAACAUGAGAAGGAGCAGAGUUCAAACAACUGGCCAAAAGAAAAUGCAAAUCAAAAAGGCCUAAUGACAAUUUAUGAAGAUGAAACAAAACAGAUGGGCAGCCGGAACUCCUUGGAUUCCGAAGGCAAAGGAAAUGCAGAAAAAGGCAAAGGCUUUACCGAGAGAAAAAUUCACACUGACGGUUGGCAGAUACAAAGGACUGAGUCUGGUUACGAAAGCAGUGAUCAUAUCAGCAAUGCAUCUGCUAAUCUGGAUUCACCAGUCAUUGAAGGAAUCAGCCCCGUAGACACCACAACUAUGAAAGAAACGGUUCCUUACAGUGACCAGAAUCUAUGUGCCAGAUAUCCUGGAUAUGUCUUGCAGUCUACCUCCCAGCAGAAUAAAGACUCUUUGGAUGCCUUGAAGAAAGACCAGAUUAAUACCCAGUUUAACUACAGAACUCAUAAUCCCCAGUCAACAUCCCAUUUGCAGAUGCAGUGUCCACUACUGAAAAGGAUUGAUGUACCUGAUUGUAAUAAGAAGUUUCCCCCCUCAUUAACACUACAGACCACUUCAAAAGACUACACUGAGAGAGAGAAGAAGAACUGUGGAUUAAGUGAGCAAAGCUCACAGUGGCCUAAUCAAGAUAUGCUUGAAGAAACUAAUGUUCACAUAGCAGCUGACAGUUCAGCUUGCUGUUAUAAUGAUGAUAACUUUGCUAUAUCCGAAAAGAUUCAGAGCAUUAGUCUGUCUUCCCACUUGCCUCCUUCAAAGACAGGUAGAUCCAGACCAGCACUUGCAUUUUGCUUGCAACAGAAUAUAUCGAAACCUUCCUAUACUGAAUCAGUUCCACCUGCCGAACAUAAAAUACAUUUGUAUGGUGGCAAAGCUGAUGAUAUGCCAGAAGCAGUUUACCAAAAUCUUCCUCCACCUUUACCUCCAAAGAAAUAUGCUCUGACCAGUUUCCAUGGAUUAGAACAUGAAUCCACUGUUGAAUUAAUACCAGCAGAAAUACUGUAUACUAAUCCUUCAGGUGUUGAAAGGCAUGCUGUGAGUAUUUCUUCAAAAGCUACAUCUGAAGCAGGUCUAUUUACAGAUGGAGAAAGAAUUAAAGCAACAUUUCAAGGGAGUGAGUCCUCCAGGGCCAAUGUUCCAUCAAGCUUAUCAGUAAAUGAUUUGUGGACUGUAUCCAGUGAUCCUACAAAUAAGGGUGUGUCCCACAAAGGACUAAGUGCUGGCUCCCUGGAUGCAAAUGCAAAUGACAUUAUAUCACUUACUACUUAUUUUUCGGUUGAUAAUUGUAUGACUGACACAUACAGGAUGAAAUAUCACCAAAGACCCAAACUGUAUUUUGCAGAUACUGGUGUAUUGAACAAAGAAACACCUUUGCCACCAACUGGAAUGCUACUGAACACUUCAUACCAUAACACUGCUGAUUCAGAGUAUCCCACAGCUGAGCAGAGAUACAAACCUAGCAUUGAAAAUGUGCAUUGCAAUAGGUAGAUGCUCUCAUAAAUGAGUAUAAUCCUUGGCACUCUUAACACGAUGCAAUGUUUCGGCUAUCCUUACCUCACCUGUACUUUAUGAAGUUAAUGCUAUUUCUUA